GACAGAGAGCUGAGUGGCAAGAGAGAGAGCUGCUGCUGCUGUUUGGCAUCAUCUUAUGAUGUCAUCAGAGGAGUACGACGCGGACUGUUUUGGUUUGUACAGCGAUGAGAGCACCGUGCUGCUGAAGGCGGUCGUGGAGGCGCAACCACCACACUCAAGCAGCAACGGGCACACGACACCAAUACAGGCACAGCUACAGGCACAGAUAAACGGCGACGGCGGCAGCACGGCGAAUUCCGGCGAGAGCAAGCACGGCGAACAGCAGAAGGAACAGCAACAGAAAGAGAAAGAGCCGAACGACUGCGACUCGGACGACUCGGACGACGUCGUGGUCGUGCUCGAAGGCUGCGAAGGCAGCAGCAGCAAUAGCAACAGCAGCAGCGGAAAAGCCAGCGCCGCGAAGGCGAACAGCAAUAGUCGGAGCAGUCGGAACCAUCGCAGCCCGCGCACCAGUCGGCAAAUCAUUCAUUCUUCGGCCGUCGGCAAGACAACAACGUGCGCGGCUAAAAAAAUACUUGUGCCAGCGACAGCAACAGCGACAGCGACAGCCACUUCGAAGAGUUCGAAUUCAAGCGCGACCGUCGUGCCCUUACCCAUACCCGUGCCCGUAUCCGGUAGUAGUGCUAGUGCUAACAAAGUGAAUCGUCGUUCGCGCCAUAGAUCCUUGAGCAAAGACAACCAAAACCUAAACCAAAGCCAAAACCAACAACAGACCACAAGCAGCAUUUGCAAUAGCAACAAUCAUAACAGCAACAGCAACGGCAACAACGGUUGCAACAACGGCGGCACAACGGCAACCGCUGCUGGCUUCAUGAGUAGCGCUGCUGCGGCCGCUGCGGGUGCCGCUGGUGGAGCCCUGUUCCAACCCCAACCACAGGCCAGCACGGCCAACACGAGCCCCACGCUCAGUCUCAAUCCCUCGAGCCACCAGACCGCCGCAGUCGGCGGGGGCCAACAGUCGCCGGUAGCCAGCAGCAAUUCGCCCGGUUCCGGAUCCGUGUCGGGCUCGGGCUCCGGCUCCGCCUCGUCACUGCUGACGGCUGCCUUCGGCAACCUGUUCGGUGGCUCAUCGGCCAAGAUGCUGAACGAGCUCUUCGGACGACAGAUGAAACAGGCCCAGGACGCCACCAGCGGCCUGCCCCAGAGCCUGGACAACGCGAUGCUGGCGGCCGCCAUGGAGACGGCCACCAGUGCAGAGCUCCUGAGCGCCGCUGGCCUGGUCGGCAGCCACCUGAAUGCCACCUCCAAUGCCACGUCAAAGCUGCUGCUGCACAACAACAACAGCCUGCCGGGGAGCAACAGCACGCCGCUGAGCAACGGCCUGAAUGCCUCGAUCUCGCCGGGAUCGGCCCACAGUUCGAGUCACUCGCACCAUGCCACCUCCUCGCCGAAGGGCGGCAGCAGUCGUCGGGUGUCGGCCUGCAGCGAUCGCUCCCUGGAUGGGGCGGCCUCCGCGGCAGCCUCUGCCGCCGAUGUGGCAGGGGGAUCCCCGCCACGGGCCGCCUCGGUGAGUUCGCUCAACGGCGGCGCCAGCAGCGGCGAUCAGCAGCUGCAGCACGACCUGGUGGCCCAUCACAUGCUGCGCAACAUUCUGCAGGGCAAGAAGGAGCUCAUGCAGCUCGACCAGGAGCUGCGCACCGCCAUGCAGCAGCAGCAGAUGCAGCAGCAGGAGAAGGAGCAGCAGCAGCAGCAGCUCCACUCGAAGCUCAACAACAACACCAACGCCAGCAACAACAAUAACCACAACAACAACAACAACAGCGUGGCAGCCACGAACAACAACAACAACAUGGAGAGCAUCAACCUGAUCGAGGACACGGAGAUGGCGGACAUCAAGAUCAAGAGCGAGCCCCAGACAGUGCCCCAGCCGCAGCAGUCGCCGCACGGCAGCAGCCACAGCAGUCGCAGCGGCAGCGGCAGUGGCAGCCACAGCAGCAGCCACAGCCUGGCCAGCGACGGGAGCCUGCGCCGCAAGUCCUCGGACUCGAUGGACAGUUCGGGGGCCCGCGAGGAGGCGGACGGCGAUGGCGACGAUGAGACGGCGGUCAGGGCGAGCAGCGCCGUAGACGAGCAGCAGCAGCAGCAGCAGCUGGCCACCAAGAAGGAGUCCGUCGAGGACAUGCUCGACGAGGCGGAGCUGCUGGGCAUGCACUCGACACGCGGCUCGGACCUGGAGUCGCUGGCCUCGCCCUCGCACUCGGACAUGAUGCUGCUGGACAACAGCAAGGACGAUGUGCUGGACGACGACGAGGACGACGACUGUGUGGAGCAGAAGCGCGACCAGGGCUGCCUCAAGAAGCCCGGCAUGGAGCUGAAGCGGGCGCGCGUGGAGAACAUUGUGUCGGGCAUGCGGUGCAGCCCCUCCUCGAUCGUCCAGGCGGGCCAGCUGCAGGUGAACGGCUGCAAGAAGCGGAAGCUCUACCAGCCGCAGCAGCACGCCAUGGAGCGCUAUGUGGCAGCCGCCGCAGGCCUCAACUUCGGCCUCAAUCUGCAGAGCAUGAUGCUCGACCAGGACGACAGCGAGCAGUCGAACGAGCUGGAGUCGCCGCAGAUCCAGCAGAAGCGCGUCGAGAAGAACGCCCUCAAGUCGCAGCUGCGCUCGAUGCAGGAGCAGCUGGCCGAGAUGCAGCAGAAGUACGUGCAGCUGUGCACCCGCAUGGAGCAGGAGUCCGAGUGCCAGGAGCUGGACAACGACCAGGACCCCGAUCCCGAGCAGGACCUGGACCCCGAACAGGAGCAGGAGCAGGAGCCAGAGCAGGACAACGGCAGCAGCGACAACAUUGAGCUGUCGCCCUCCCCCACGCUCACGGGCGGCGACAUCAGUCCCGCCCACAAGGAGGAGGCCGGCGGCCAGGAGCGGCCGGGCUCCAGCUCCCCGAAGCCCAAGACGGCGCUGAGCGAGACCGGGGCCCCCAACAGCACCAACAUGCUCUCCCAGAUGAUGUCCAAGAUGAUGUCCAGCAAGCUGCACAACCCCCUGGUGGGGCAUCCGGCCCUGCCGCAGGGCUUCCCCCCGCUGCUGCAGCACAUGGGCGACAUGUCGCAUGCGGCGGCCAUGUACCAGCAGUUCUUCUUCGAGCAGGAGGCACGCAUGGCCAAGGAGGCGGCCGAGCAGCAGCAGCAGCAACAGCAGCAACAGCAGCACCAGCAACAGCAGCAGGAGCAGCAGCGACGCUUCGAGCAGGAGCAGCAGGAGCAACGCCGCAAGGAGGUGCAAGAGCAACAGCAGCAAAUCCAGCGCCAGCAGCAGCAUCUGCAGCAGCUGCAGCAACAGCAAAUGGAACAGCAGCAGCAGCAGCAGCAACAUGUGGCCACGGCGCCGAGACCCCCACAGAUGCACCACCCGGCGCCGGCGAGACUGCCCACGCGACUGGGCGGAGCAGCCGCCGCCCACAGCGCCCUCAAGUCGGAGCUGUCGGAGAAAUUCCAGAUGCUGCGCAACAGCAACAACAGCUCGAUGAUGCGCAUGUCCGGCACGGACCUCGAGGGGCUGGCGGACGUCCUGAAGUCGGAGAUAACCACCUCGCUGUCGGCACUGGUGGACACGAUCGUGACGCGGUUCGUCCACCAGCGGAGGCUGUUCAGCAAGCAGGCGGACUCGGUGACAGCCGCCGCCGAGCAGCUCAACAAGGACCUGCUGCUGGCAUCGCAGAUACUCGACCGCAAGUCGCCGCGCACCAAAGUGGCGGACAGAGGAGGACCCGGAGCCCAGAACGGCCCCACGCCGACCACACAAUCAGGUAAUAAUGGUUCACUACUCCUAGCCCCUAGUCAAAUGCCCCCCCAACCGCCGCCAGCGGUGGUCGUGGCCAAUGCCCAGCAGCAGCAGCAGCAGCAACAGCAGCAGCAGCAGCAGAACGUGCAGCAGCAGCAGCAGAAUGUGCCACAGCAGCAGCAGCAGCAGGCACCGCAACAGAAUCCCCAGCAGCAACAGCAGCCGCCGAAUGUGCAGCAUCUCCAUGCCAUGCCCCCCAAUUGCCAGCAGCUGAUAGCCGCCCCCCGCCUCAAUGGCAACCAGCUGUCGUUCGCCUCCCCAGCGGCUGCUGCAGCCGCGGCGAUGGGUCUGCAGAUGCACCACGCGGCCGCAGCGGCAGCCAUGUCCGCCCAACAGCAACAGCAGCAGCAGCAACAGCAACAGCAACAGAACGUGCAACAGCAGCAGCAGGCGGGGGAUAGCAAUACUAACCAGAGCCAAGCGAAUCCGACUAACAACAGUAGCUUAAGUACCCUUAAUAUACCACCUCCUCACAUUCGUCCUUUGCCCACAGCGGCUGCCAUGUUCCAGGCGCCCAAGACGCCGCAGGGCAUGAAUCCGGUGGCCGCCGCCGCGCUCUACAACUCGAUGACCGGACCCUUCUGCCUGCCACCCGAUCAGCAGCAGCAACAGCAGCAGCAGGCCGCCCAGCAGGCGCAACAGCAACAGCAGAGCGUCCAACAGCAGCAGCAGCAGAGCGCCCAGCAGACGCAGCAGCAGCUCGAGCAGAACGAGGCCCUGAGUCUGGUGGUGACGCCCAAGAAGAAGCGCCACAAGGUGACCGACACGCGCAUCACCCCGCGCACCGUCAGCCGCAUCCUGGCCCAAGACGGCGUCGUCCCGCCCAACCCCAACGGACAACAGAACGCCACUCCCCUGCAACAGCAACAGCAGCAGCAGCAACAGCAGUCGAACGGAGGAGGCAACAGCAAUGCCACGCCCGCCCAGAGCCCCACGGGCAGGAGUCAGAGCGUGGGAGGAGGAGGCGGAGGAGGUGGAGCAGGAGCGUACCAUCCGCAGCCGCCGCCACCACCGCCGCCCAUGAUGCCAGUGUCCUUGCCCACAUCGGUGGCCAUUCCCAAUCCCUCGCUGCACGAGUCCAAGGUCUUCUCGCCCUACAGUCCCUUCUUCAAUCCGCACGCGGGCGGGCAGCCGACAGCCGCCCAGAUGCACCAGCACCACCACCAGCACCAGCACCAGAUGCAGCUCUCCUCGAGUCCGCCCGGCAGCCUGGGGGCGCUGAUGGACUCGCGCGACUCCCCGCCGCUGCCCCAUCCGCCGUCGAUGCUGCAUCCCGCCCUCCUAGCCGCCGCCCACCACGGCGGAUCGCCCGACUACAAGACCUGCCUGCGGGCCGUCAUGGACGCCCAGGAUCGCCAGUCCGAGUGCAACUCGGCGGACAUGUCCUUCGACGGCAUGCAGCCUACUAUAUCCUUUUUCAAACAGCAACAAGAGCAGCUCGAGCAGCAUUCCCUCCAGUCCAUGCUGAUGGUCAACAGCAAGCAUUGCGAAUCCUUGACUCCCCUGCACUCUUCUACAUUGACACCGAUGCACCUGCGCAAGGCCAAACUGAUGUUCUUCUGGGUCCGCUAUCCGAGCUCCGCGGUCCUCAAGAUGUACUUCCCGGACAUCAAGUUCAACAAGAACAACACAGCACAAUUGGUGAAAUGGUUCUCGAAUUUCCGGUAAGUAAACGGCCCCCC